AUGGAUAGGGAUAUAGAGGAGACGUGUAGGGCGUGCGUGGCGUGUCGCACAGUGCGGGACGCGCCGCCUCACGCGCCGCUGCACCCAUGGGAGUUCCCCCUGCACCCGUGGUUGCGCAUCCAUGCUGACUUCGCCGAGUGCGGAGGUAAGCGCUACUUGAUUAUUAUAGACGCACAUUCGAAAUGGUUAGAAGCUAUCCCGAUGCGCAACACGAGUGCAGAGAGUACUAUAAAAGUUUUUAGGAGUGUGUUUUCACGUUUCGGGCUUCCAUCACAGCUCGUGACCGAUAACGGGCCACCAUUCUUCUCGCAGGAAUUUAAAUUAUUUUGUGAAUACAACUGCAUAAAGCAUAUCACCUCGGCCCCUUACCGACCUCAGGCGAACGGUGCCGCGGAGAAUGCCGUUAAAACAAUUAAAAAAACAAUCAAAAAAGCUUUACACGAGGGCAAGGAUGUAAACACGGCACUGACUAAAUUUUUGUUUAAGUACCGUAAAUGCCAACACGCCACGACAGGCGUAUCGCCGGCCAUGGCUCUGCUGGGUCGGCAGAUACGCAGCCGGUUAGACGCGUUGCGGCCGGAUACCGCGGCGACCGUGCGCGAUAAGCAGGAGAGGCAGGCGGCCCGCGCCGCUGGCCAUCUCAGAGAGUUUAGCGUGGGGGAGGCGGUACUCGCGCGCGAUUAUUCAACGAAGGGGAACAAAUGGGCCGAAGCCACGGUGGUAAAAAGGACCGGGCCGGUUUCUUAUAAGGUGGAUGUAGGCAAUGGGGUGGAAUGGCGGAGACACGCAGACCAGGUGGUCUCAGCUAAGGGGCGCUUUUCGUUGUCCCGUACUAGCCACCCGUCUACCGGUGACGAGUCAGAGAUACAGGCCGAGAAGUCCGAGGUCGGUGGGGAGUCGGGAGGUCAGCCGAUGGAUGAGACAUCCUGCUGUGGCGAGGCCCCGGAGGCGUCGCCCCGCGCGGCGACAGAGUUGUCUCAGCCGGGGGUUACGCCACCGCAGAUGUCAGCUCGCGCACUGCGUGCUAUGAAGCGGGCCAAAUUUAAUGUGUAA